CAAAAAACUGAACAGUUUAGCAGCGAGCAAAAAGAAUCCAUUCAAUUAACUCGAAAAUGAACAAAGCCAUCGUUCUUGCAGUGCUCAUCACGGGCAUUGCAGCUCAGUACGCGGAUCUAUGUACCCCGUGGGAAACUCCGAGGGAUUUCCGAUCGUUAUUCAACUUACCUGGCUACAACCAAUCGCCAGCGCCGAAAAAAAGUAUAAUCAUUCGAAGACUUUGUGGGCCCUACAGCAACAAAGUAUCACCGCCGGGAACUCUUUGCCUCAGAGCUCGGAGUGACCUUUGCCGCAAUGACGCACAACCGCAGGAAAUAAUUUGUUGUAGACCUCUGAGUGACCCCUGUGCCAACGGAGCCUCACCGCAAGGAACUAUUUGUAUUCCAACUUCGAACGACCCCUGCGGCAAUGGAGCAUUACCACAAGGAACUAUUUGUCUUACAGGAUCGAGUGACCCCUACGGCAACGGAGGAUCACCACACGGAUCUAUUUGCUUUACAGCCCCAAGUGACCCCUGCUGCAAUCAGGCACCACAGCAGCAAACUAUUUGUCUUCCACCUGGGAGUGACCCCUGCGGCAACGGAGGAUCACCACAUGGAUCUAUUUGCUUUACAGCCCCAAGUGACCCCUCCUGCAAUCAGGCACCACAGCAGCAAACUAUUUGUCUUACACCUGGGAGUGACCCCUGUGGCAAUGGAGCAUUGCCGCAAGGAACUAUUUGUCUUACAGGAUCGAGUGACCCCUGCGGCAACGGAGGAUCACCACAUGGAUCUAUUUGCUUUACAGCCCCAAGUGACCCCUCCUGCAAUCAGGCACCACAGCAGCAAACUAUUUGUCUUACACCUGGGAGUGACCCCUGUGGCAAUGGAGCAUUACCGCAAGGAACUAUUUGUCUUACAGGAUCGAGUGACCCCUGCGGCAACGGAGGAUCACCACACGGAUCUAUUUGCUUUACAGCCCCAAGUGACCCCUCCUGCAAUCAGGCACCACAGCAGCGAACUAUUUGUCUUUCAGCUCCAAGUGAUCCCUGCUGCAAUCAGGCACCACAGCAGCCAACUAUUUGUCUAGCACCUGCGAGUAGCCCCCGCGGCAACCAGGCACCACAGCAGCCGACUAUUUGUCUUACAGGUCAGAGUAACCCCUGUGCCAACGAGGCACUACCGCAGGGAUCUAUCUAUCUUACAGCUCCGAGUGACUCCUGCGGCAACCAGGGACCAGCGCAGCCAACUAUUGGUCUUACACCUGCGAGUAAUCCGUGUGCCAACGAGGCACUACCACAGGGACAAUGCGUUGUGAUCCGACAACCUGAGGACAACUGCAACGAUGUGCCAAUACAGAAACAACAUAUCAUCGCCGGCGGGCCUUACUACAACAGAAGACCACUGAACGGAAGGCGUUUCAUAUUCGGGAAACAGAAUAGGCCUUACUACUUCGGAGCACCAGCGCAGAGAAGACUCAAUAUCGCUGGGGGACCGAGCAGGCCCUGGUUUAAUGAGCAACCAGCACCGCAAGAAUUUCUUGUCGGACGACGAGGACCUCAGCCUGAUUACCACGUAGCACUACCGAAUCCAAGAAUAGUUGUUCAUGGCCAACAGGGAUCGCCAUCCAGUGGAUAUGAACCCAUAUGUAACGAGUCACCAGCACAGAGAGUAUAUGUCGUCGGACAACCGAGUGAUUCCGGCUGUAACGAGCAACCAACCCCGCAAGAAUGUAUUGUCGGACCACAAGGACCUCAGCCUCAUUACCAAGUAGCACUACCGAAUCCAAGGAUAGUUGUUCAUGGCCAACAGGGAUCGCCAUCCAGCGUAUGUGAACCCGUAUGCAAUGAGUCACCAGCACACAGAGUAUAUGUUGUCGGACAAUCCAGUGAUGCCGGCUGUAACGAGCAACCACGAGAAUGUAUUGUCGAACCACAAGGACCUCAGCCUCAUUACCACGUAUCUCUACCGAAUCCAAGAAUAGUUGUGCACGGCCAACAGGAGUCGCCAUCCAGUGUAUGUGAACCCAUAUGCAAUGAGUCACCAGCACAGAGAGUAUAUGUUGUCGGACAACCCAGUGAUUCCGGCUGUAACGAGCAACCGCGAGAAUCUAUUGUCGGACCACAAGGACCUCAGCCUCAUUACCACGUAUCUCUACCGAAUCCAAGAAUAGUUGUGCACGGCCAACAGGAGUCGCCAUCCAGUGUAUGUGAACCCAUAUGCAAUGAGUCACCAGCACAGAGAGUAUAUGUUGUCGGACAACCCAGUGAUUCCGGCUGUAACGAGCAACCGCGAGAAUCUAUUGUCGGACCACAAGGACCUCAGCCUCAUUACCACGUAUCUCUACCGAAUCCAAGAAUAGUUGUUCAUGGCCAACAGGGAUCGCCAUCCAGUGGAUAUGAACCCAUAUGUAACGACUCACCAGCACAGAGAGUAUAUGUCGUCGGACAACCGAGUGAUUCCGGCUGUAACGAGCAACCAACCCCGCAAGAAUGUAUUGUCGGACCACAAGGACCUCAGCCUCAUUACCAAGUAGCACUACCGAAUCCAAGGAUAGUUGUUCAUGGCCAACAGGGAUCGCCAUCCAGCGUAUGUGAACCCGUAUGCAAUGAGUCACCAGCACACAGAGUAUAUGUUGUCGGACAAUCCAGUGAUGCCGGCUGUAACGAGCAACCACGAGAAUGUAUUGUCGAACCACAAGGACCUCAGCCUCAUUACCACGUAUCUCUACCGAAUCCAAGAAUAGUUGUGCACGGCCAACAGGGGUCGCCAUCCAGCGUAUGUGAACCCAUAUGCAAUGAGUCACCAGCACAGAGAGUAUAUGUUGUCGGACAACCCAGUGAUUCCGGCUGUAACGAGCAACCGCGAGAAUCUAUUGUCGGACCACAAGGACCUCAGCCUCAUUACCACGUAUCUCUACCGAAUCCAAGAAUAGUUGUGCACGGCCAACAGGGGUCGCCAUCCAGCGUAUGUGAACCCAUAUGCAAUGAGUCACCAGCACAGAGAGUAUAUGUUGUCGGACAACCCAGUGAUUCCGGCUGUAACGAGCAACCGCGAGAAUCUAUUGUCGGACCACAAGGACCUCAGCCUCAUUACCACGUAUCUCUACCGAAUCCAAGAAUAGUUGUGCACGGCCAACAGGGGUCGCCAUCCAGCGUAUGUGAACCCAUAUGCAAUGAGUCACCAGCACAGAGAGUAUAUGUUGUCGGACAACCCAGUGAUUCCGGCUGUAACGAGCAACCGCGAGAAUCUAUUGUCGGACCACAAGGACCUCAGCCUCAUUACCACGUAUCUCUACCGAAUCCAAGAAUAGUUGUUCAUGGCCAACAGGGAUCGCCAUCCAGUGGAUAUGAAACCAUAUGUAACGAGUCACCAGCACAGAGAGUAUAUGUUGUCGGACAACCGAGUGACUCCGGCUGUAACGGGCAACCGCAAGAAUGCAUUAUGGGACCACAGGGACCUCAGCCUCAUUACCACAUCACACAAGCUAAUCCACGAGUAGUUGUUUAUGGCCAACAGGGAUCACCAUCGAGUGAAGGUGAACCCAUUUGUAAUGAGUCGCCAGCACAGAGAGUAUAUGUUGUCGGACAACCGAGUGAUUCCGGCUGUAACGAGCAACCGCAAGAAUGUUUUAUCGGACCACAAGGAGCUCAGCCUCAUUACCACGUAGCACUUCCGAAUCCAAGAAUAGUUGUGCACGGCCAACAGGGAUUGCCAUCCAGUGGAUGUGAACCCUUAUGUAACGAGUCACCAGUACAGAGAGUAUAUGUCGUUGGACAACCGAGUGAUGGCUGUAACGAGCAACCAUCGCCGAAAACCGUCAUUCUUGACGGACAGGACAACGACUGCUGCAACGGCCAGGACUCAGAGGAAGUAUGCAGUGAACCGAUACAAAUCUGUGUGCGGUCACCAAAGUCAUCUAACGCCGGAUCGCCAGCUUCCCGCCAAGGCAAAAGAGCCCAACCCUUCAUCAGGCAUUACUCACCACGUCUGGUCAACCCUCUAGUAAGACGAUGCAGACAAACUGGGUCACAGUCUUCGGGGUCUGUUCCCGCUGAAGAAUCCCCUGAGGAGGCAAAAACAUUCUUCUACAGUGUCGAUAACCCCUGCAGUUGUAUGGAUGAUGAGCCAGCUUGCGCCGCCGUAUCAAACACUGAGGAGUGAUCAGGACAUUCGUCACCUUGCCAAUCGAGAAAGAUAGCAUUUAUUUGUAUAUCAUUUUAUGGUGGCGUGUGAAAUUCACAUGAUCCGUCUAAAAAUGAAUUUCCGUUGUGAAUGUCUGUUCUUCUUGAUGUCACUAUUAUAAAACCCUGAAAAGCUGCUAUUCAUAUGGACUACUGAAAGUAAAAUAAAGGAGUUUUCGUUUA